AUGAAGGUCCCUAUUGAGCAUGAGCAGAUGGCGUCCCCGUGUACGCUGAAGAUCAUUGGCGGCCAAGGUGGAAACAAGUUCUCGUUCGACAGGAAGGAGAACGCGGCCACGCUGCAGAAGCUCUCCGUGAGCGUUGGGGGCUGGCAGGUGAGGGGCGUGGAGGUGUGGCUGACGGACGGGCGCAGGGAGACAUUUGGCACCAUGAACUCCUCCGCUCAGGAGUUCGAAUUCGAGUCGGGCGAGUUCAUCACGAGCCUCUCGCUCUGGAGCAACGGGGAUGGCACUCGCCUGGGCGCCAUCAAGUUCAGAACGAGCCGCAGCCGCGAGUUCUUUGCCAAGAUGACGGACUGUGGGCUCAAAACCGAGUACAAGAUCGACGUGGGCUCUGGCAUCUGCUUGGGCGUUCAGGGCCGAGCGGGGUCCGACAUUGACUCCAUGGGCUUCCUCUUCAUCAAUGCCAUAAAGUCGUCGGUGAUCCAGGACAUGAAGUACCCGACCAUGCACCAGGUCCUGCCCAACGUGCAGAUGGAGGAGAUUAAUAAAAUGGAGUACACGAACGACACCAGCGUCGUGCAGUCGUACACCUUCGAGAGCUCCAAGAAGAUCACCAAAACGUCAUCCUGGUCCACCACCAACAAGAUCGAGUCCACCUUCAGCCUGACGGUGAACGCCGGUAUUCCUAAGAUCGUGGAGGCAGGGGGCAGGUUCAGCUUCGCAAAGGGCAUUGAGAGCACACACAAGGUGGAGGAGUCCAAGGAGGAAACUGAAACGCUCACGUUCCCGGUCUCUGUUCCGCCCCACAAGACCAUCAACGUGGUCGCCAACAUCGGGCACGCCAAAGUCGACCUUCCGUACACGGCCCUGCUGCGCAUCACCUGCGUGAACGGCGCAUCCCUUGAUGCUUCCCUGAGCGGCGUCUACAACGGGCUCACCUACACCAAGAUGACCACCGUCGCUACUGAGAGCUAGUGUGACACUUUGCAG